AUGACACGGCGGAAGGAGGGGACAGACACCUGGGGCCUGGCCAGACGCUGUGCUCCCCAGCCAGAGAUGGCUCUGGUAUGGACGGCAGCCUCUGGCCUCCUGCUCUUCCUGGGGCUGCAUGUAGGGGCCUGGCCCAGCCUGGGGCCUCCCCAACGUCCCUGUGUGUAGUGCUGCCGCCCCGCCUGGCCCCCUCUGUCCCCCCACCGAACUGAGGAGCCGUGGGGGCUGCUGCCCCGCGUGCAUCCCACUGUGGACAUCUCCAUCCUCAAAGGUGAGAAGGGCGAACCAGGGGUCACCGGUCCCUCCGGCAGCAACGGGAAGGAGGGUCUGCCAGGCGCCCGUGGCCUCCAGGGCCACAAAGGCCAGAAGGGGCAGGCAGGGCCACCGGGCUCCCUGUGUCCACGCACCUGCGCGUCCUUCUCGGUGGGCCAGCAGGAGGGCCUGCACAGCACUGACCACUUCAACGCAGAGCUGGUGAACCUGGAAAGCCUUUACCUGCCGUCUCGCCGCUUCCUGCGUGCUGUGCCGGGCGUCUACUUCCUGAGCCUCAGCGUGCACACGAGCAACCAAGAGACCUACCUGCACAUCAUGUGCCACGGGCGGGCUGCCGCUGUGCCGUACGCCAGCCCAGAGAGCACAGCGUCACGCAGACCCAGGCUGCUGCUGCCACUGGCCACUGGCGACGCUGUCCGGGUGCGCGUGUUCCAGCGUGACCGCAGCAACGCCAUCUAUGGCGAGCACAGCGACCUCUGCAUCACCUUCAGGAGCCACCUGGUCAAGCCGGCCACGGAGCUCUAG